AUGUCCAGAGCAUCAAGGCGACCUGCUUAUGUCUCAUUGGAAGAAGUACAGAGACAUUCUGAGCCAGACGAUUUAUGGAUGAUCUUAUACAAUAAAGUAUACGACUUGACCAACUUUGCCAAAAACCAUAUUGGUGGGAUCGAAGUCUUGUACGAUUGCGGAGGAUCAGACGCCACAGAGGCGUUUGAAGAUGUCGGACACCUGGACUUUGCAAUCGAUAUGCUAGAGCCAUUCUACGUGGGAGAAGUUGAACCCGAGCAGCGCAAAUCGUAUCGCUCGUGCAAUUUGAUAUUUGAACUGAAAAACGAAACAAGCGUUACAUCUUCUAAAGGAACCAUAGCAACAUCAAGUGUUGUUGCUCUGAGUAUAAAGCAACUAAAGGAAAUCUCAAUCAGAAUACAAGACUCGAUUAGUCUAUUCUGGUUGACAUUUAUUGCUUUAACUUCCUUCACUUUACUUGUGCUAAUACAACAACUCAAAUGA